AUGAAGGAGGACUAUGUGAGUCUGAUGUCCAAGAAUGUGCUGAGAGUCAUCAUGUUACUGAGCGUCUUCUUUCUUCCAGGUGUUUUGGGUGAUUGUGAUCUAGUGGAAAUAACUGGAAACCUGAGACAAAGAAACUGCACCACCGUGUUUUCUGACAUAAACAAGAGUCAAAAAAACAGAUACUUCCUCAGAAUUGAGAACGGUGAGAACGGUGGCUACAAGUCAACAGCUUGUUCUACUCCUCUUCAAAUAACAGUUCAAGAUUCUCCUUGGAGUCCCAGCAUUAACAUCCCUGCUGAUCUGAAGGAGCAUCAGUCUGUCACUAUCAGCUGCUCAGCUUUGACUCCCUGUCCACACUCACCUCCUGAACUCACCUGGAAUCUCCAACAAGACUCUCACAGACAAACAGAGAACAACACAGAGGGAACCUUUACAACUAAAAUCCAGGAGACCAUCACUCUGUCAGACACACAUGAUGGAUACAACAUCAGCUGUUCUGCCACAUAUCCUGUGAAUGGAGGAAACAAGACAGCAGAGACAGAAGUGACUCUCAGUGUUUCAUAUGCUCCUAGAAACACCUCAGCAUCCAUCAGUCCAUCAGGUUUGGUGUCAGCAGGUAGCUGGGUGGAGCUGAGCUGCUCCAGCAGAGCCAAGCCUCCUGCCAGCUUCACCUGGUUCAGGAACAGCAAACAUGGAGCCAUUAAAGUAUCUGUGGGGCAGGUUUACAGCUUCAAUGCUACUGAGGGAGAAGAGUAUUACUGUGUGGCUACAAAUAAUCUGGGUCAUCAGAAAUCAUCAGUGAUUCUUACAAGAACUGGAGGGUCUAGAAUUAGUGUCUGCAUUACAAUGAAGAUCCUGGGAAUAUUAACACUCUGUGGUGCAUUCAUCAUAUUUGAAAGCUGGUUUAAAUUAUCCAAUAAAUUACCAAAGCACACAAAUGAAGCAGAUGUCGACAGGGUGAUAGAGGUUCAGGUAACAUGAGCCACAUGGAAGAAAUCUUCAAGAUCAAGUUGAC